AUGAUAGCCUUUACAUUGAUUUUAGUAUACUAUUAUUUGGAAAAAAACAAAGUUUCAUAUGCCGAAAAAUUAGUAUGGAUUUAUUUUAUUGCUGAUCAAUUGGAGACUCUUCACAAAAACAAAAUUGUUCACAGAGAUAUUUGUCCAAAGAAUAUUCGAAUUGAUACAAAACAUUUUCCUCACAUCAUCGAUUACGAUGAUGUUCAAAAAUCAGGCAAUCCAAUGGCGACUUCUCAUCCCCAUGGAACAGGUCUUUAUCAAUCCCCUGAAGUAAUUAAAAAUCUCGUAUACUCACCAUCUUCCGAUAUUUUCGCACUCGGUGGUGUGAUAUAUUAUAUAAUGACAGAAAAUGAACCGAACCAAGCUGUUAAAGCCAUAAUUAAAUCAAACAGAAUUGAAUUAGAUCAAGUUAAAAGUGUUUUAAAAAAUGUCGAUCAUAUUUUACAAAAUCUCGACAAACCUGUUAAAGAAACGGAAAAGGAUAUUGAGGAAAUCAUUUCCCUUGUUAGCAGAUAG